AGGAACUAAUUUAUAGAUGGCGCACAUAUUUGAAUGACAACAUUGAAGAUGAAGGUGUAGUUUUAAUAAAUUUUAAUCACUGUUUACAUAGAAUAUUAAAGAGUUAUCAUAAUAUUCUAAAUAAAUAAAAUUAUUAGAAAGAGAAAAUGAGGGUUUGAUAAAUUGAUUACUACAUAAGCAUUCUGUAUAAAUGAGAUAUGGAUCCAGAAUUUCUUUCCAGACUAAUUCCACAAAAUAAAGAGCAUGUUCGCCCAGCAUGCAAAAAAUGUGGAUAUGCUGGGCAUUUGACAUAUCAAUGCCGUAAUUUUAUAAAAGUUGAUCCGAAUAAAGAGAUUGUGUUAGAUGUUAGCAGUACAAGUUCUGAUAGUGAUGAAAAUUAUGUUACUCCAUUGACUGAAUUACGUGAAAAAGAAUUAAAGAAGAAACUUCAAGAGUCUAAGAAAAAGCAUAAAGAGAAGAAAAGCAAAAAAUCCAAAAAGCGUAAAAAGUCAGAAACAAGUGAUGAUGAAUCAGAAUCAAAAGCAUCUGAUGAAGAGGUCAAGAAACAUAAACAUAAAAAAAAGAAAUCAAAAUCGAAACAUAAGAAACAUAAGAAACAUAAAAAAGAUACUACAUCAGACAGUGAUUCUAAUGAUGAUAAAAGAUGAGUAUUUUCCUUUAUAAUCCCCCCAUAUAACAAUAUUAAAGUUGUAAACAUCUUAUAAAAAUGACAAGUGUACCGCAUAAAAAUAAAAGCUACACCGUUUGUAAAUAGUCGCGUAUAAAAUUACAUUUAUACACAUGUAUGUACACAUGGCAUAUCACUUUAUGUUAAGAAAAAAUCAACUUAUAAAUUCCAAA